GGAAAGAUUAACUGGGAUUGUCCCUGCCUUGGUGGUAUGGCUUACGGGCCUUGUGGUAUGCAAUUCCGCGAGGCAUUCUCCUGCUUUGUUUUCUCGGAAGAGGAGCCGAAGGGAAUCGACUGCGUGGAGAAAUUCAAGGCGAUGCAGGACUGUUUCAGGGCGAAUCCUGAAGUGUAUGGGGAA